UAUUUCAAGGCAAAUGCCUAUGAAACCAGUUCAAAUAUCCUUGAAAUAAAUCUGAGUAUCAAAAUACGGCUCAAGCCGUGCAGUGGAACUAGAUCAUCGUAAAACAAAGAUUCUCACGGUAAACUCCAUUCCCCCCUUCUGUUUCAGGUUUCAUUCCAGAGAAGCUGUGUCCUCAUUUCCGUAUGAAUGUUCCCAGUUUAUUUCAUUUUACAUUCUUACUGAGAGAAGUACGAACACCGUUUUGGAGACCAUGGAUUUUGAGGAAGCAGCAGUUUUCUCUGCCCAGUGUGCCCUUACUUAAGGCAGCAGGAAAGAAGAACUCUCUCAAUCUCCUUGGACUAAAUGAGGCAGAAUUAGAAGAACAGUUUGUAAGAGGUGAUGGCCCAGGAGGUCAAGCCACAAAUAAGACAAACAACUGUGUUGUCUUGAAGCAUAUUCCAUCUGGGAUUGUAGUGAAGUGUCAUCAAACAAGAUCAGUGGAGCAGAACCGAAAGAUAGCCAGAGAAAUCCUGCAGGAGAAAGUUGAUCUGUUCUACAAAGGUGAAGAGAGUGAUGUUUUUAAAGAGAAGAAAGCAUCAGAGAAGAAGAAGCAGGAGAAAAAAAGAAGAGCAAGGGAAAACCUAGAAAGGAAAAAGCAUUUUAAAGAGAUGCAACAACUGGAUAAGAAAUGAACAUGUAAAAUACUGACUUGCCCUAGUAGGGUAAGGGAAACAUCUGUCAUUAUUCCUAAACACAGUUUUCAAACUAACAGAUGAUGUAGAGCUUUGUAAGCACAACUGAAAUACUGAGCAGUGACCUGCUAUUACUGUAAAACCAAAGUGAUAAAAGCAGUCAUGUAUUCCUACUGCUGUCUGCCAUCAUCUUAUUAAUCACAUUUAACAAUCAGUUCUUCUGCCAGGUUCACAAUAUGAUAAACCAAUCCUUGUUAUAAAGGAACUGUAAACUUUCCACCACUGUUAACGGAGACAAAAAAAAAUUCAAUAGAUUUCUUUCUGCAGAGAUGAUACCUUAUGAUGCUUCGUAGGAGUUCCAGUACAUACAGAGAGCAGCCCUAAAAGGUUAGAACUUUCCAUCCUUGCUCAGGCAAUGUCUCUACUGAUACUAAUCCUUUAUAAACAGUGCCCAGGUUUAGAUACUGGUUCUGAUGGGGCACAUGGACAUGCUGAUAGAGGAGACACCAGUCACUGGUUGCCUCCUUCGGAGCUGUGAGCUGCACAAAUGCUCUGCCCUACUCAGUUCUGAAGGAAGUUUAAACAGAAGCUUUACAAAUCUUACCUGGAGCGGUGAUGAGCACUGGGGGGAAGGCACUCCUGCUCAGUCAUGUUCAUCCAGUUCAAAGGUAGAACUGGGUCAUUACAGAUAAAGAACAACACGUGUUGGAAGCUGCCUCCCAAGGCAACAGAAUCCAGUUCAUUCAAGCUGUGAAGUAAAUAACUUUGCUUCUUAAUAUGGUAUUUUCUUCAAGUAACCAUAGCUCCGUAUGUAUUGGAUAUCCCAGAUAUCCCGCCUUCCUUAGGAUACAGAUUUGAUUGUACAAUAGUGAAUUACAGUCAUUUACUAUGUUUAUGCUAUUCUGCAGUUAAGCUCGGGCAUUUUGGUAUCUUCACUCAUUUUGACAGUUUCCCAUUUUAUGCAAAGACACGCAGCUGCUUUUCCUUUGUUACUGUUACUUUGGAGCCACAAGUGAAGUGUACUUGCCUAUUUUGAUCCCGUUAAGAGCUCUUAAUUGCUAAACCAGAACUUCUCUUUAAUUUUUGCACAGCCCCUCACCAGCUGCCACCGAGUUCUCACCUUCCACAGUAUUUUGAAAGCAAUGGAGACUACUAGCAACCAUACCACCUUCUUACAGAGACCGACUGCAUCUCGACUGUAUCAUGGACAGAAACUCUCCAGCAAUUUGCAGGCCCCUUCCUUUGUCUGUUCCUGAACUUGAGCCUCCUGCACGAAGCUUGAAUCUUUAUCUGUUGAGAGUUCUUGUUCAUGGAGUAUGAAUCUGAUUAAAGUGACUGUACAUAGCUUUAAUACAAAUUGUUAAUGAAAAUAAGCUUUAUUACGUCAAGUAAUAAAUACAUACAAAGAUGCAAAUAACAGUUUUAGUAAUUUAUCCAGAAUUUUCUUUUUUUUUUUUUUGGCAAACUUUAAACUGAAAUCUCCAGCCUUAAUGUAGAAAUUAGCUUUCCAGGACCUUGUUAUUAUUUAAUAGGUUUCCCUAUUUUCCAUAUAACUCAUGCACUUUAAAUGGACUUCAAAGCACUAACAGUCAUGCAAAUGUUUAUGCCAAACGAACAAAAAAGGAAAAAUAAGAGGAAGGGAAGGUUAUUUCUAAGCAGGGUCUAUGCUGUAUGACAAUUUGUGACUUAGCAGACUACUAGGUACAGCAUGCUAUUCUGCAUUUAUUAAAAAAAAAUCCUUAGAGCUUAUGUCAAACUUUGAAAGAUUGACAGUUUGGGGUUAAGUGAAUACAGUCAAAGAAAAAAAACAACAGAAUGAGAGUGUGGCUGGAUAAGAAGAGAACUGAAAUAUAGCCUGGGAGAGAGCCUCUGCAUGCAGUUCAGUUUUCAUGUUUUAGAAACAUUUUAGGGAGUUUUAACGUCUUUACAAAAUGCAAACCCUCAGUAAGUUGAAAAAUCCUUGUUUUCUCAUUCUUAACUAUACAUUUUUGUAAGGGCAAAACAAGAAAGGUAAAACAUUCAAAAUAAAGGAAUUUGUCUUGAA